CUGCAUGUGUGUGUGGCGAGUUGGUUUGUUUACUCUCUUUUUGAAUCGAGAUUUGCGGGAUGGGCGAUCGGCGUGAUUGUAAAAUGAAACUUUAUUCAGGCGAAGGAGGCAACUUUAAGCUGACCAAAGACAGGCAGUAAGAAAGAGACUGAUCAUGGCCUCCACCAACAUGGCCAAAAUCACUGCUAGAUCAUCGGUUGGCAGUAGGGUACCCGGUGCAGCAAACAGCGCCCUCAAAGUCAAGUCGCGCAAAGAAGAAGACAAAAUAAAGGUUGUCUUGUCGCAGCAGCUACGUGAGAACAUGACCAGAUUGCUUGAGGUUGGCACAUUCGCUGAUUUGUCGUUAAUCAUCAACUCCAAGAAGGUACCAGUCCAUCGUCAUCUCCUUCAAUCCCGUCUUGAACCUUUCUUCUCGUCCAUAGUAGAGCCGAGAAUGUCAUCAGGCAAGGACGGGGAGGAGGUUGUCGCUGAUUUGUCCACUUUGGGUGUUAGUGUGGUGGAACUCAAAUAUUUACUCAGGGCUAUCUAUGCGGAGGACGAUGUCACUCCCUUUUGGGUUGUAUUCCAGGAAGCCAUCAAGUCACAUGACUCAAAUGAGCCAAUAGAAUGUGAGACUGUGCGGACAGAUUGUAACGGAGACCCUACCCCUGUUGCUGAACAGUGUGCAGACUCACUGCACUUAGAGAGACUGGAAAACGCUCUCCAUAGUGAGUGCCAGACUACAAGAGAUAGGCAGCAACCUGAGGAGACAGAAUGUUGUGUUGAAACGAAUGAUGCGACCACUGGGAGCCAGACGGUUGGUUCGUCAAUGCUGUCAGUACAGGAUUGUCAGUAUGCUACCUUGCAGAGUAUGGGACCAAAAAGUGCAUGUGAACCUAGUACCACGGUGCAGAACUCUAAAGAUAAAUGUGAACCUCAGACCCUUGCAAAAGAAAACCAUGGCGCUACUGCAGAACCUAAAAUGGUCUGUGAACCUAGUGCCACAGUGCAGAAUUCUCAAAAUGCAAUGUUGAACAGUGGAGAGCCUAAAAGUAAAUGUGAACCUGGGACCAGCGCACAAGAAAACCAUGGCGCUACUGCAGAACUUAAAAUGGUCUGUGAACCUAGUGCCACAGUGCAGAAUUCUCAAAGUGCAAUGUUGAACAGCGGGGAGCCUAAAAGUAAAUGUGAACCUGGGACCAGCGCACAAGAAAACCACACCACUACUGCAGAACCUAAAGUAGCCUCUGGCCUCACAGCUGUAGUACAAAACAAACACGGUGCCUCAUUGCAACAAGUAGAAAUCAAAGAUGAAAACAAACCCGGAACCACCCUGCCGAAAACUGAAGAUACUGGUUUGACUAAUGACACAAGUAGCCUAGAGUCUGUGGCCAGACCAAACGAGACAGUGGGAGAAAGUGAUAAGUCAAACGGAGAACCGAAAACUCCAGAUGAGGACGAAUUGCUUCCAACUGCUUGUCAACUCGGCAGAGAUUUACUGCGUAUUUUCCAGGGGGAUGCUGGUCAUGAUGUCACGCUGAAAGUGGAUGGGAAAAAUAUCCUUGCUCACAGGUUUAUACUUUGUGCCAGGUCGGAGUACUUCUCAGCGAUGCUUGCUGGGAGCUGGAAGGAGAGUUCGUCGUCUGAGAUUGAGAUACUUGGAUUCAGCUACUCUGCAGUGAUGGUUGCCCUACAGUGGAUUUAUGGAGGGUUAUAUGAACUACCAGAUCAUGGUGUGGUGCUCAAGGAUCUGCUGUUCUUGGCCGAUAUGUACGGUCUGGAGAACCUGACAGAGGUCAUUGACUUUAAGCUGAGAAAGGAUUACUGCCACUUCUUCCAUAAGCCGUGUAGUAUAUGCCUAGCGAGAGUCCCAGAAUGCUUUGCUCUUUUCUCCACCGUCCAACUCUCCGACCUAGAGAACUGUGUUGUGAGUUGGCUUGUGCAAUAUCUCAGCAAGGCCUGGAUGGAGAGGUCCUUUGCUGCCCUACCUCAAAAGUUUCUCUUCCAGUGUAGAGACUUUGCUGUCGAGUCAUUUAGCCCUUCAUCAGCCACCCCACUCCUCCUUCAGAUCGAUAAGCUAAUCUGCAAUUUACCUCACAUCAAAUGGGCCAGUCCAGUCCGCACCAUGGCGCUGCAGCUGCAAAGCACCUGCAGGCAGUACAUGGCGUGCAACUUCCUCUCGAUCCUUGGGGAACCGUUGUUCCAAGAACAGCUGCGGGGAAUGAACUGGAAGAAGGAUGUUGUCGAGCCGGUGUUUGCUCUCGUGGUCCCAGCAUUGACGCCUGACACGGCAAACGGAACGUUUAUGGCCGUGCGUUUCUUCAAUCAAGGAGUGACCGACGAGGAAAAUGCUGAUGGGUGGAACCCGGAUGCAGUAACGCUAGUGAAAGAGUUGUACGUCCAGUUCUACAGUUACAUGGUCAGCAAUGCAAGUCUCGUGGCACAAGGCCCUGGGUGGUCCAACUUGCCCUCUGACCUCCGAGAAAGCAUCAAGAAAGAGGCUGUAUUUAUUGACAAUCGUGGCAAGAUACGGGCACGGAAACCUGUUCUCACCAGCUCACUGAAGGGCAAGUCUAGAUCAAAGGCAACAAGUUUGCAGAAAUUUUGAGUCGGCAAAAACCAGCAAUAUGUCGGUGAAGCGUCGGAACUGGUGAGAAAAGAUUAUCUUCUUCGUAUUAAAGAUUUAUGAGAUGUUUUUGUCCGCUUUGUGGCCUUAAAACAUUUUUUAAAGUAUCUUUGGCUGAACACUCCUACUGCCUAGAGAGAGAAAAAGCAAGGGAUGAGCUUUGAUUAAGGAGACAUAAAAUAAUAAUAAUGGCUUCUUAUAAACACACAUACCUGUCACUCGGUGACGUUCAAUUCACUUCAACAUUCAGUGUUUUUUGUCAGGUAUUGUGUAGCUACAUUUUUGGAAGUAUGAGACAAGGUUUACAAGGUCAAUAAAUUAACAAUAUCAAGCCAAUCAAACCAUGAGUACCGGGGCAAACCCCUUCUCUUUUCGAUAAGUGCAAUGGUUCUUUUUACGUGCCUAACACAACUAACAGGACCAACGGCUUUACGCCCCAUCCAAAGGACGCACCAAUAAUGGUGGAGUGUCUUGCUUACAGACACAAGUGCCACACCCGGGAUUUGAACCCACACUCUACUGAAGAGAAACCCCAGAGGUUGGGUCCGGUGCUGUUCACCACUCAGCGCCACAUGAGUGGGGGUAGAUAGUAGGUGCGGGUAUAUUUUGUCGUACAAGUAAAUUGAGUUUAAUAUCAGUAUUUAUGCAUCAAAUGAACAACCGGUUUUCAUCAUACUUUUAUAUAUUAUUGUGCAGAUUUAACUUCCGAGUGUAUUGAGCAAUAUUGCAAAUAUUUUCAGAUUUAUUUAUGGAUUAUAUUUGUGUUUAUCCUAUCGAGAGAAUCAUUUACAAAGUCUUUCAUUAGAAUGAAGAAGUUUUUGAAUACCUUUUAUAUUAAAUUGGCUUGUAAUUUAUUUCAAGAUUUACUCUGGAAUGUAACCAUACUUUUUAUAAUGUUUUGAGGUUUUUUUAAACAAUAUUAUUGUUGUAAUGAAGUCCUGCCUUAAAGUUAAGGAAAUCACUUUAAUCAUCUUUUAAAAUUAAAUGACAAUAAAAACUUACUUGGAACGAAGUACAGCUGCA